AUGGGUCCAUAUGAGAUAAAUUUAAAACAGAAAGUCUAUGCAGAGUUCCUCUUAUAUAACACCUAUAGACUGGAGUUUGAAAAUCAAAUAACAAAGAAAUUGAAGGUAGUAGGGGACGCCCUUGUCAAAAAUGAAAUGUCAGAGAAUUGCAAGCAACAUUUUCUUAAUGUGCGAGAGACGCUCACUAAGUUUGUAACUGAGACAAAUGCGAAGAAAAGGGAAUUGUUGCGUUUCAUUAAGUUGGACUGUCCCCCUGAGCCAUGUCCGACAGACGGUGAAGGAGAUUCCAUUACUCCCCCAAAACCAGAAGAAACGUUGGCGCCUGACAACUCAUCUACCGAGUGCUCUGAGGAUAUUUUCCCGAAACUGCUCAAAGAGAUUGUCGACAAAUACGCUAAAAGGCCCGAAAAUUCGGCAAACAAUGGUGAAUUUGAGGACAUGAUGAAAGAUGUUAAGUCCGCAUUAGAUCAGGGUAAUCCAACCGUCCAGUCCGAAGCCUACAAAAACUUUACCGUUUAUGAUAACCUACGAAAACAACUGGACGAACAGCUAAAGAAGAAACGGGGCAAGAUUUUGAACAAGUCAGAAAUGGACAAAGAAUCGGAAGAGUGCCGUCAGUAUUACAAGGACUUGCUACCCAUUUACGACAAGGUUAUGAAAGAGAGCAAUAAUAUAAAAUUUAAUAAAUUAUGGGAAAGUGACUUAGAGUGUCCGCAUGCAGGUUCGUGUAAAGCCCCAGAGACAGGUGAUCAGCCGCCCACUAGCCAGAAUCCAGAAAGUGCCUGCGAUGAUCUCAUUACAACGAAGUUAAAGAAACUAAAGGAACAGUACAAAAACAGACCGAAUCAUACGGCUAACAAUCCGGAAUUUGAGCAAAUGAUGAAAGCCGUAGACGAAGCUAUACCAUUGAGUCCAAAAAGUGUAGACCAAAAAACGGAUGCCCUUGUCAACUUUACGUUAUACGAUAAAAAACGCAAAGAUCUAGAAAAUGAAAUAGGUCUCCAAUUGGGUAAAAUAAAGGAUAAACUUGCCACGGAUAUAUCUCCAAAUUGCAAAUCUCGCUAUAAUGACAUGGUGAAGGAACUGGAAGCUGCAUUCACGAAGACUAAUGAAGAGAAAUCGCGUAUAUUAAAUGGACUUCAGUUAGAUUGUACAUCACCGACACCUGACGAUGACCUCAUAACAAAGAAAUUAAAGAACCUUAAGGAACAGUACAAAGACAGACCGAGUCAUACGGCUAACAAUCCCGAAUUUGAGGAAAUUAUGAAAGCAGUCGAUGAAGCAAUACCUUUGAGUAGAGAAAAUUUAGACCAAAAAACGGAUGCCCUUGUCAACUUUACGUUAUACGAUAAAAAACGCAAAGAUCUAGAAAAUGAAAUAGGCCUCCAAUUAGGUAAAAUAAAAGAUAAACUUGCCACAGAUGUAUCUCCAGAUUGCCAGAGUCCCUUAAAGGACAUGGUGAAGGAACUUGAAGCUGCCUUCAUAAAGACUAAUGAAGAGAAAUCGCGCAUAUUAAAGGGACUUCAAUUGGAUUGCUUAGAAGCCACUACACAGAAACCUGACAAUGAACUCAUAACAAAUAAGUUAAAGCAACUUAAGGAGCAGUACAAGAACAGACCGAAUCAUACGGCUAACAAUCCCCAAUUUGAGGAAAUGAUGAAAGCUGUCGACGAAGCUAUACCAAUGAGUCCAGAAAAGUUGGACCACAAAAAGAAAGUCUAUGACAAAUUUACAGAUUAUGACAAAAAGCGCACAGAACUAGAAAAUGAAAUAGGCCUCCAAUUGGGUAAAAUAAAAGAUAAACUUGCCACGGAUGUAUCUCCGGAUUGCCAGAGUCCCUUAAAGGACAUGGUGAAGGAACUUGAAGCUGCCUUCAUAAAGACUAAUGAAGAGAAAUCACGGAUAUUAAAGGGACUUCAAUUGGAUUGCUUAGAAGCCACUACACAGAAACCUGACAAUGAACUCAUAACAAAUAAGUUAAAGCAACUUAAGGAGCAGUACAAGAACAGACCGAAUCAUACGGCUAACAAUCCCCAAUUUGAGGAAAUGAUGAAAGCCGUCGACGAAGCUAUACCAAUGAGUCCAGAAAAGUUGGACCAAAAAAAGAAAGUCUAUGACAAGUUUACAGAUUAUGACAAAAAGCGCACAGAACUAGAAAAUGAAAUAGGCCUCCAAUUGGGUAAAAUAAAGGAUAAACUUGCCACGGAUGUAUCUCCAAAGUGCCAGAGUCCCUUAAAGGACAUGGUGAAGCAGCUUGAAGCUGCCUUUAUAAAGACUAAUGAAGAGAAAUCGCGCAUAUUAAAGGGACUUCAAUUGGAUUGCUUAGAAGCCACUACACAGAAACCUGACAAUGAACUCAUAACAAAGAAGUUAAAGCAACUUAAGGAGCAGUACAAGAACAGACCGAGUCAUACUGCUAAAAAUCCUGAAUUCGAGGGAAUGAUGAAAGCCGUCGACGAAGCUAUACCAAUGAGUGCAGAAAAGUUAGAACACAAAAAGAAAGUCUAUGACCAAUUUACAGAUUAUGACAAAAAGCGCAUAGAACUAGAAAAUGAAAUAGGCCUCCAAUUGGGUAAAAUAAAGGAUAAACUUGCCACCAAUGUCUCUCCAGGAUGCCAGUCUCGCUUUAAUGACAUGUUGAAAGAACUUCAAGCUGCCUUUACAAAAACAAAUGAUGAGAAAUCAAGUAUAUUAAAAGGACUUCAAUUGGAUUGUGCAGAGAAUGCUGAUAAUGAUCUCAUAACAAAGAUGUUAAAGCAACUUAAGGAGCAGUACAAGAACAGACCGAGUCAUACAGCUAAGAAUCCUGAAUUCGAGGGAAUGAUGAAAGCCGUCGACGAAGCUAUACAAAUGAGCGCAGAAAAGUUAGAACACAAAAGGAAAGUCUAUGACCAAUUUACAGAUUAUGACAAAAAGCGCAUAGAACUAGAAAAUGAAAUAGGCCUCCAAUUGGGUAAAAUAAAGGAUAAACUUGCCACCAAUGUCUCUCCAGGAUGCCAGUCUCGCUUUAAUGACAUGUUGAAAGAACUUCAAGCUGCCUUUACAAAAACAAAUGAUGAGAAAUCAAGUAUAUUAAAAGGACUUCAAUUGGAUUGUGUAGAGAAUGCUGAUAAUGAUCUCAUAACAAAGAUGUUAAAGCAACUUAAGGAGCAGUACAAGAACAGACCGAGUCAUACUGCUAAAAAUCAUGAAUUCGAGGGAAUGAUGAAAACGGUCGACGAAGCUAUACCAAUGAGUGCAGAAAAGUUAGAACACAAAAGGAAAGUCUAUGACCAAUUUACAGAUUAUGACAAAAAGCGCAUAGAACUAGAAAAUGAAAUAGGCCUCCAAUUGGGUAAAAUAAAGGAUAAACUUGCCACCAAUGUCUCUCCAGGAUGCCAGUCUCGCUUUAAUGACAUGUUGAAAGAACUUCAAGCUGCCUUUACAAAAACAAAUGAUGAGAAAUCAAGUAUAUUAAAAGGACUUCAAUUGGAUUGUGCAGAGAAUGCUGAUAAUGAUCUCAUAACAAAGAUGUUAAAGCAACUUAAGGAGCAGUACAAGAACAGACCGAGUCAUACUGCUAAAAAUCAUGAAUUCGAGGGAAUGAUGAAAACGGUCGACGAAGCUAUACCAAUGAGUGCAGAAAAGUUAGAACACAAAAGGAAAGUCUAUGACCAAUUUACAGAUUAUGACAAAAAGCGCAUAGAACUAGAAAAUGAAAUAGGCCUCCAAUUGGGUAAAAUAAAGGAUAAACUUGCCACCAAUGUCUCUCCAGGAUGCCAGUCUCGCUUUAAUGACAUGUUGAAAGAACUUCAAGCUGCCUUUACAAAAACAAAUGAUGAGAAAUCAAGUAUAUUAAAAGGACUUCAAUUGGAUUGUGCAGAGAAUGCUGAUAAUGAUCUCAUAACAAAGAUGUUAAAGCAACUUAAGGAGCAGUACAAGAACAGACCGAGUCAUACUGCUAAAAAUCAUGAAUUCGAGGGAAUGAUGAAAACGGUCGACGAAGCUAUACCAAUGAGUGCAGAAAAGUUAGAACACAAAAGGAAAGUCUAUGACCAAUUUACAGAUUAUGACAAAAAGCGCAUAGAACUAGAAAAUGAAAUAGGCCUCCAAUUGGGUAAAAUAAAGGAUAAACUUGCCACCAAUGUCUCUCCAGGAUGCCAGUCUCGCUUUAAUGACAUGUUGAAAGAACUUCAAGCUGCCUUUACAAAAACAAAUGAUGAGAAAUCAAGUAUAUUAAAAGGACUUCAAUGGGAUUGUGCAGAGAAUGCUGAUGAUGAUCUCAUAACAAAGAAGUUAAAGCAACUUAGGGAGCAAUACAAGAACAGACCGAGUCAUACUGCUAAAAAUUCUGAAUUCGAGGAAAUGAUGAAAGUCGUCGACGAAGCUAUACCAAUGAGUGCAGAAAAGUUAGAACACAAAAAGAAAGUCUAUGACCAAUUUACAGAUUAUGACAAAACGCGCAUAGAACUGGAAAAUGAAAUAGGUCUCCAAUUGCGUAAAAUAAAGGAUAAGCUUGCCACCAAAGUUUCUCCAGGAUGCCAGUCCCACUUUAAUGACAUGGUGAAAGAACUUCAAGCUGCCUUCAUAAAGACUAAUGAUGAGAAAUCGCGUAUGUUAAAGGGACUUCAAUAUGAUUGUUCCGAAACCUCUACACAGAGUGCCGCCAAUGCUGCCGAUGAGCUCAUAACAAAAAGAUUAAAGGAACUACAGGUUAAUUAUAAAAACAGACCGGGUCAUACUGCUAAUAAUCUAGAAUUCGAUGCAUUGAUGAAAAUCGUCGAUGAAGCAAUACCACUGGGCUCAGAAUUCAUGGACCUAAAAACUGAGAUAUACGCCAACUUCACGGGCUAUGACAAAAAACGUAUCGAACUAGAAGGUGCAAUACAAUUACAAUUGACUAAACUAAAAGGCAAACUUGCCACCAAUGUCUCUGCGCACUGCAAGUCUCACUAUGAGGCAAUGAUAAAGACACUUCAAAAGCAACAACAGAAAUGGUAA